CUACAACCAGUGCAAUAUUUUAAAAAUGCGUCAAGUCUUCUAGGUCAUGUGAUUAAAAAUGAAUCGAAGAAACGUUGUCAUCUCUUCAAAUUGUACAAGGCGUUCUACUCGGAUUUCCCGUCCAGCUUGUGACGUUCCAAAAGUUUCUGGAUGCAAAACGUCAUCUAAGAAACAAGAUAAGUGGAACCUAGAUAUACAAACUGACUGUGGUAGUCAACAAGCUCCUUCUCAUCUACAGAAACAGUCACGAAAGUGUAGUAGGCGAUCCAAUCGCAGAACGACAGCGAGAGAGUCAAGUCUUCUGAAGGGUAGGUCGCACAUUGCAGAGGAUGUCAUUUCUGAAAAUGGUGACAGUUCGUUGACAGAUAACCAUUUAGAAGUGAAAAGUAACUUUGGUAGUUCGGAUGAUUUUGAAUCUGAUUUUCUAAGUGAUGAUAAGUUGCCCAAAAAAAAGAAAACAGCUAACUUGCUCCUGUUUUCGGAGUUCAAACCUAAACAUAGACAGAAAAGAACAACAAAAUCACUGAAGAAAGCUAAUGUACCUGAAGAUCCUCAUUGCAACUUAGAAAGCGAUUCAGAUGAUGAAAUCGACUGGGUUGAAGUGAAUGAUGAAGCGACCACCGAGGUAGAGUUCAUGAAUAAAUUGCUAAGUUGCAAUACAAAUACUGUAUCUAAAGAACUUGAAGAGAUAAAUUCUACACCACUAACUAUAGCUGUUCCUCUUGCAAGUGCUUCCAAAAAGCAUUCUAAACAAGAUCCAAAACUUCUUGAAGCACUUGCAUUAAGACGCAAAAUAAAAGAACACUACGCAUUAAAGCAUUUAGUUCAUGUACUAUGUUUUCUUGCCCAUAGUCGUGUGGUGAAUCAGGCUUGUGACAGCUGUUUAUGUCAGGCGUUGGGUCUUUCACUUCUGGCUAAGACUAAUUCAGUGUACAAUCAAAAGACGAAACAAUUCAUUCAGUUAUCUCUGUGGUCAGUGGAGCAUUUAGAAGCGUGUGUUGUUACAUUUUUAUCUCAUCAGGGAGUGCAACUACUUAAUGAAGGAAAUUCACCUGGUAAUUAUGAGUAUCAGCUUGUUCAUCGUCUGUCAGAGUAUACGGCAACUGCAGGGGAUUGUCUCAUACUUCUUGUUGCAGCUCUUCGUUCACUUGGACUCGAUGUACGGGUGAUUCUUGGUCUGUCUCCACUGCCUUUAUUACCCAAUGAAGCCACUACCAUUAGUCCUGCUACUGCAACUAAAGAAGUUAAACCAAUUAAACAAAAGAAGUCCAAUCGCAAAAUCAUCUCUUCGGAUGAAGAUGACAUAUUUGACGCAGAUGUGAAUAGUGACUCACCUGCUGAUAACUUAAAGCCUGGUAUUUCUUUAUUUGCUGAAGUAUUUCUACCGAAGCUAGAUCGUUGGGUGUGUAUUGAUCCGUCGUCUCUGCCAGGUGUUGUGGAUAAAAUAAAUUUUAAACAUGGCUUUUUGUAUGUUAUCGGUGCUUGCUCUGUAAAGUCAGCAGAUCCCAAUUUGGUAUCUUACGUCGGUAGGAAUCCUGUUGAUUUGUCUCCACGUUAUGUUCAAGAUUGGUGUGUUUCUGCUCGCAGUCAUCGUAUAUCUGCAGAGAAAUGGGAUAGUUUGCUGAAUAUGCAAAGCCGAUUUUUCGACUAUGAUGCUGUUGAACACGAUGCAUUAGUAGUGAGGUCAGAUACACUCUCCACUGCUCAACGAGAUAGAAUGGAUAAAGAUUCAAUAAAUGCUAAACUUUUAUCCCAACCUCUGCCAAAGCGUAUACAGGACUUUAAAAAUCACCCACUAUAUGUUCUCCAACGUCAUUUACUCAAAUUUCAAGUUAUUUAUCCGACUGAUGCAAUCCCUUUGGGAUUCUUUAACAAUGAACCAGUUUAUUCUCGUGAUUGUGUUCACCUCUGUCAUACUAGAGAGUCAUGGCUGAAAGAAGCAAUGGUAGUUCGUGAGCAUGAAAAGCCAGCAAAAAUUGUUAAAGCUCGAUUAUCAAUGAAACGUAAAUUAUUACAGGGUUCUGAUUCUACACCACCAACUACUGAAGUUUUUGGUCCAUGGCAAGUUGAACCAUAUGUACCACCGGUAGCUGAAAACGGUAUCGUCCCACGUAAUGCCCACGGAAAUGUAGAGUUAUUUAAACAAUGUAUGUUGCCAGUAGGCUGUGUACAUAUAUGCUUAUCGGGCAUUCAGCAUGUCGCUAAAAAACUUGGCAUUGAUUGUGCAGAAGCCAUUGUCGGUUGGUCAUUUCAUGCAGGCGGUUGGGCUCAUCCAAAAACGGAAGGUUAUGUUGUUUGUAAAGAAUCUGUGCCAGUUUUAAUUGAUGCAUGGCGUGCAGAGCAAAUGAAUGCAGCCAAAGCAGCGAACGAAGAACGUACAGAACGUGCACUAGAAAACUGGAAACGUUUAGUUCGUGGAAUUUUCAUAUGGCAUCGAGUUAAAGCGCAAUUCGCUUUGGCUCCCUUGCAUAGUGAACGAGCCACUGUUGAAAAAUUUGAAAAAAGCAAGAAAAACAAGGCUGCAACCAUACACACUAAUGAUAUAAGUACUAUUUCAUAUAAAAAAGAGGCAUUAACUCAGUCGUCUGCUGAUUUUGAUAUCUCGCAAAAAGCAUAUGCAAGUGAAGGAUGGAUACGUUUAGGUGCUGCUGAUAAAGCACAUUUGUUACCUAAAAUACCCGUAGAUGUUAAAAAGUGCGUUCCUAAACGGCGUAAUCCAACUAGAGCAAAACGCAAAGCGCAUAAGUACGAGGAAUCUUCUAGUGAAGAGUCUGAUACACAAAUACCGAGUACUAAAGAUGAUGAUUCAGCCCAUGAAUUUGUGGAUGAAGACAGUUUCAGUCAAUAGGUAUGUUCACAACUUUUUAUGCAUUUUUUUAUGAAACAAGGUGUUUGUUUCUCCAUUACUGUUUUUAACCUCGUAUAAAAAAAUUUUUGUUUCUGUAUGGAGAUUGUUUUCUCACUGAUAUAUCCGACAUCAACGUGAUCACACCCGCGUAGAGCAAGGGUUCAACGAUCCGUAUUGGAUAGUAAAAUUAUUCCCAGAUGUCCUACUUUGUCGUAAGGAUCAUUUAGGCAACAACUGGAGUCAGAAGUUGCGACUAUAAUUUAAGUUACUCAAACCAUGGGAGAAACCGUAAAAUAAAGUUACUCUGCUGGUGGAUAGUGAUGGGACAACAGUGAAAGUGUUACAUUCAAACUACUAGCAAGCCAGUUAUACCACCUCGUCACUCUGCUGGAUAAGAGUUGUAAAAGGUAGAUACAAAAUUGUACUUUUUGACUUUUUCUGCUAUUUUUCGUUGUUUGUAGUAAUGUUCUCUGUACCCAGAUAUCUCCACUAUAUAUCAUACCUUCUAACUUAGAGUGUGUGACAAAGCUCAAUCAGACAUCUCCUGUGCUUUUCGAUAACAUAAAAUUAGUUUGAUUUGUACUCUUUUAGCAGGAUUCCCAUGUAUUCUGCAGAUAACUUUGAAGUUGUUUUGCGGGUUUGCUUGGUAUCCUGAUUCGGUCAGGUGUUCUAGAAUAGAUCUUCGAGGAGGGGGGAGGACCUUUUUUUCAAUGAUACGUUUGGAUAGCGAACAUUAGGUACGGCCAGCAUACCUAGUUCCACACGAGCAGGUGAAUUGGUAGAUACAAAUUGGUGAAACCAACAAUGGUAGCUUAUCCUUCACGUUCAUGCGAAUCAUUGGUUUCGUAGAGAAGGUAAGUCGGGAUUCAGCCGCGAAGAAAGUUUUCUUCAGUGAGCGGGACAGGCGGUGUCUCAAUAUUUCUGCCGAUGAGUCUCCAUUAAAUUGUAGAUUUAGGUAGAGACGUUUUUUGGGAGCAGAAAGUGUGAGCGAUUUUGGUGGUUUAGGUUUCAUAGAUUUUGUGAUAAAACGUUCUGGGUAGCCAUUUUCGAGAAGGAUUCUGUUCAGUGUUUAGCUCCUGUUUCAUACCAUCAGGACUGCAAAUACUGUGAAUUCUGUGGCUCAGUGAACGGACCAGGUUUCGUUUUCUAUAUAGGGACACCCAGCUGUGAAAGUUAGUCAGUUUUUCGUUCUAUGUCGGCUUUCUGUAGAUGGAUCUUUUUAGUGUUCCAUCUUGUUCACAUCUUGUUAACUGGACAUCCAGAAAAUCAGCUGUCAUUUUGUUUUGAGUACUUCAAGAAGAAGUCAACUUCCACUGUAUGGGAAUUCGAGAUGUACACACUAUGUGCAUUUGUAAACAAACAAAACUAAUGUACUUAUCAAUUAGUCUCUUUAUCUUCUUCCCUUUUUCAAAAUUCAUCACUUAUUCCCACUGCUAAUACUAUACUUCUGCAGUCCCUCCAUUACUCAAGUUCAAGAUCAUUGGUAACGACUUAGGCGUGCGAAACAGCUGUGUUUUCCGUUUGGAUUUAACCGCAAAAUUAUGCAGUCAGAGUUAAUAGGUAAAGAAAUUAGUUAAAGGAUGCACACAGAUAAAGCUUUAAAAGAAGGUCCAUAUAUUCCCCAACCUACACAUAAGACAAAAAACUAGUGAUUACAAUACUCUGCUACUAGAUUACAGUUUGGUUAGGACGAAGAUUAAUGGUGACUGUUCAUAUUCAAACCCAUCGUUUCUAUUUCACAUGUGAUGAAGACAAAACAACAGUACAGAAACAUACCGUAUUUUAGAGAAAAAAUAGAAUAUGGUAUCAUUAUUCUCUACAGUGAGAUGAAAAGUAAAAAUGUUUUUGUUAUGUGUAAUCGAUUACCUGAACUUUCAAUUUCUUACCAUUUUCAUUUUUAGGUUUUCAGUGUAACAAUUAUGUUAUUGUACUUAUUUUAGUAUCUAUAAAAUUCUUACUGUAGAUUAAUUCUUUUCUACUCUUUCUUUCAGAAAUAAGUUUAAUUUAACACCAUUGGAUGGGAAAAAGAAUAGUCUCUUGCAUUAACAAAGUAUAUUUUAUCACUAUUUUUCUUCUGUCCGUACUACUUCUCACACUUGUAUUAGUCACUGACCAAAUAACGUUGCAUUUAUGUAUACAUUCAAUACAUUAUUUGACUACUUUAUCCCAUAUUUUUGGUGGUCAUCUUAAAAAUUUUGAUUUUCACAUAGAGUCACUUUUCAGAUUCUUUCAUUUUUCCUUUCUUAAACUGAAGAUGUUUAUCAGCUGACGUUUUCGUCAAAGCAAGAAGAACAAGAUUUGCAAGAUUAUGUGUGCAUCAUCGUAUUCCGAAGCUUCUCUUCAACUGUAGACAGUCCAAAAUAUACACUAGAAUUAAUAUGAAAUAAGAACAUGUGUACAUGUUUUCAUUCUACUGAGUAAAAAGUCAGGGAUGAGAAUCGUAAUUCUUAUUUGACUACUCCUAUGUAUAUUUUAGGCUGUCCGCAGCUGAAGAGAGGUGUUGGAAUAAAAUGUGCACAUUUUAUCCUGCAAGUCUUGUCCUUGCUCUGAAGAAAACGGUCAAACAAAACGCAUUUUAUGACUGUUGACUGUUUUUUCUCUCCAUUGAUUUAACCAUUUUACUAUCAUUUUUAUUUACCUUUCCACUUAUCACUAACACAGAUAUACUACUAUCCAGUUGCAUUUGCCCCCCUCCAUCUCCCACUUAUUUUAUAUAUUUUAUGGGUUGGUUUUUUUCUUUGUCCACCCUCGCGCCACUAUCCAAGUUUUUUUUUAUAUACAUAUAUUAAAGACUUUAUAUUUGAUUGAUAGGUGAGUGUAUUGUUUUGUCUUAUAACGUUUGAGGUAAAGAUUGAAUAAAUUGUAUACACAGGUGAGAUAAUAAAAAAACACGUUAUACGAUAUGAUUUUUAAUACUUCUGUUGUCAUAUGAUGUACUGUCGUGAAUGUGUUAUCUUAUAUGUUUGAGUGGUGUUUAUGAGACAGAUAUAUUUUUUUUACAUAUACAUCAUCAUCAGUUUUUCUUACUAACAUAAUAUUGUUCGAAUUGAAAAGCGUGUUUUGCACUUCAUAUACCCGAUGCACUCAAAUUACAAGGUAUAUUUCACUAGUUGUGGAGAACAAAUGGUACAGACCGCGUUAAUGAUAUUAUUUCAUAUGACAGUAUACCUGAAGUAAGCUCACUUCACAUUAGAUAAGUUUAUUGGACACAACGGAUAGUAAUACAAUACUAAUAACUGGAUGGCGUCUCGAGCACAAUUUAUCGCUCAUAGUCAAAUCAAUGUAUCAUUGACACAACUUCCUGAUUUACUUUACAUAUUUAAAAAAAUCCUACUCCAUGUUUAAUAAUGUAAUUAUUCAUAAAUCUGGAGUUGGUGUUGCAUCACUUAUAUUGCAUUUGUUUCUUGUUGAUAUGAUGAACAAAGAUUGGAUGAUUAACCUCUCUCUCUCUCUCUUUCUUCACCUAUGUAUUUGAUCUCAUAGUCCUUAUAUCACAUUAUUCUGUCUAGUUUGUUCUAUUGGAUCUUUAAAUCAUCAAAGUUUAUUUCUGAGCGUGUUGGGUAGGUUAAAUGUCACUCAGACUUAUUGGGGAUCCUGUUCCGAUGUAGCUUUACAUUACUUAUUACCUACUUUAUAACUAUCAUUGGCAUUUAUUCUUAUCAUUAUUUGUUCCUUGCGUUCCAAGUGGAACAAAGAGCCUCAGUAGCACAUCUGCAUUGCACUCUGUUCUCUGCCGACACUUUCAUCUGCCUCAACGACUACCAACAAGCUUUCAUUCCCUCUUCACAUCAUCUUCUCCAUGUCAUCCUAUGGACGCCCAACUCAAGGCUUCUUCAUUUGUGUUCUAUUCGACAAUGUGGCGUGUGAUGUCACUUGGAUAUAUCUCCUCAGUGUAUGCUCACUACACUUCCGUCUCCUUUUGUACGUUUAUUGGACGAUAGGUUCUUGGCUGGUUCAUUUCCAGAGACCACUUGCGUUGCUACCCCAGUUUUCCUAAUGAGUCUUAACAAAUAUUUUUUUUUUUAAGUGGAUAGCUACACAGCAGCAAUUGUUCCUUAUUUUAAUUUUCUGACUAAACGAUCAAACUCCGGACUGGAUAUCAUCAACAUUGAAAUAAACCCUUUUUCACUGAUUUACAUUGAGAAGACUCAAAAUCUGAAUAAUUAUCAGUGUGAUAGAUUUUACGAAUGCUGGUAUCUGGCCUACUCUACCAGAUGGAAUUCCUCCAAAAGCACUGAAGAUGUACCCAGAAACCUCAGAGGACAUGCCUACGCCACUACUGCAGAAGAUGUGGAUGGAAGAAAUGGUGGGUGUUUGCCAGUUGAAAGAAAGACUACCUCAUCAAAUUACCGAAAACUGAGGGACUGACGGCUAUAAACGAACGAGUGCAGAAUCAUGCUGCUGUCCACGCGAAGCAAAAUACUAGGCCACAUCAUACUAGAAUGAUCAAAAGAUAUUUUGGGUGGAAAACU